AUGAUAAUGAAGGCUUCUGGCGCCGCCGUGCUGCACGCGGUGCGUGAGAAGAUGCAAGAGGCCACCGUGGCUGCACUCAUCGUCACCAGCAGCGACGCGCACAACAGCGAGUACGUGGCGACGCACCUGCAGAGUCGCGCAUUCAUCUCUCACUUCCAAGGCAGCGCCGGUACCGCCCUCAUCACGAUGGAGAAGGCACUUCUGUGGACGGACGGACGCUACUGGUUGGCCGCAGAGGAGGAGAAGUACCCCGAGUUUGAUCUCAUGAAGCAAGGCCAGCCAGAGGUCCCGUCGCUCGAGGAGUGGAUUGCCGCCAAUCUCGGCUCCAAAGCAGUUGUUGGCAUGAGCCCGUACGUCGCCACGGUGGCGGAGUGGGAACGGCUGAGCAAGAAGAUCAAUCUGCGCCCGGUGGCAAACAUCGUUCAGGACAUGAUGCCGCCGGAGAAGAGCGUGCGAAAAAUGUACGUGCGUCCCGCCGAGUUCUGCGGUGCCACCUGCCAGGAGCGGCGCGCCGCGAUUCUCGCAGAGCUGGAGAAGAAGGACUGCGACAUGAUCAUUCUCUCCGCACUGGAUGAGAUCGCAUGGUUCACGAAUCUGCGCGGCGGCGACGUGGACUACAACCCCGUCUUCUACGCGUACGCUGUCAUUGACAAGCACUACGAAAACGUGCGCCUCUACGUGAAUCUGGACAAGGUCACAGACGCAGUGCGCCAGGCGUGCGAGGAUCACAUCGACUUCUACCCGUACGAGCAGUUCGAGGCGGAUCUCAAGCAGCUACCACGGGGUCGCAAGGCCCUCGUCGACGAGCGCCAGACGAGCGAGGCCGUCUUUCGCAUCUUGAAGGAUGUCGGCACCGUGACGGUGCGCGUCGUUUGCGGUCCGGCGCAGAAGUUGAAGGCGAUCAAGAAUGAGGUCGAGCUCAAGGGCUUCCGCGACUGCCACGUACGCGACGGUGCCGCGCUGACGCGCUACCUUGCCUGGCUGCACGACCAGGUCGCGAACAAGGGUGUGACGGACCUGAACGAGUACGACGCGGCCACGAAGCUCGAGGAGUUCCGCGCGCAGGGGGAACACUUCGUGCAGCUCAGUUUUGGUUCCAUCUCGUCCAUCGGCCCUAACGGGGCGAUGUGCCACUACAGCCCCGCCGAGACGGGCUCUGCUGCCAUUCGCAGAGACCAGCUGUACUUAAUCGACAGCGGCGCGCACUACUGGGACGGUACCACCGAUGUGACGCGCACCAUCUGCUUCACAGCGCCGAGUGAUGAGCAGCGCGAGGCCUACACGCUUGUCCUCAAAGGGCAUAUUGCACUCAACAGCAUUAUUUUUCCCAAGGGCACAAGCGGUGUCCGUCUCGACACCCUGGCGCGUAUGGCGCUCUGGGGUGUGGGGCUGGACUACGCCCACGGCACUGGGCAUGGCGUGGGAUCCUUUCUCAACGUGCACGAGGGCCCCCACGGAAUCAGCACUCGUCCAGUUGCCACGGGGGCGAACAUGGAGCUGCACUCCAUUGUGUCGAACGAGCCUGGCUACUACAAGGACGGGCACUACGGCAUCCGCAUUGAGAACCUCGAGGAGGUGGUUGAGUGUCGGACUAAGUACAGCGCGACCGGCUUCUACACCAUGUCCCACCUCACGAUGGCGCCUCUGUGCCGCGACCUCAUCGACGUAAGCCUCCUCACAGAAACGGAGCGCGCCUGGGUAGACCGAUACCACGCCAAGGUGGUGGCGAGCAUCAUGCCGCACCUACAACAGGCGGGCGACCAGAACGCCGUCGAGUACCUCAAAUACCACACGCGACCUCUCUUUGCGGUGAAUGAGGCGUACACCCUGCUCAGUCCAGACGGGAAAGGGGCGAAGUGA